CUCUAAGAUCUGGUCACAAGUUGGCAGCCCUGUUAAAGAGUUGGUGUUGGGUUAGUUAGGACUAGUGUUCGGUUAGUUAGGACUAGUAUUCGGUUAGAGUUAGUGUUGGGGUUUGUGUAACCUCUGCUCCUGCUGACACACUUUAAAGCAGGAUUUAGAGCUUCAGGCUGGUAUCCGGCUGUGGUGUGAGGAGUUAACCGUGACAUAGGGAUGGUGUGAUGCCUAAUUAGCCAGUGUGUGACCUGGAAGUGUGCGUUCCGAGGCGGGCGGUGCCGUGUUUCUACAUCCGGAGUGUCGGAGCUUCCAGCGGAGGCAGACGAAGAAUGGAGAGGAGCCGCUAACCAAGCAGCCUGUUAGCGGAGCAUCAGUCACAACCAGCGGCACGGAAAAGAACAAAAAAAAUCUGGCAUUCAGCCCCGGGACACCGUUUAAACCCGCCCCGAACAGCUCACAACCCCAGUCCGGACCGCGUGGACCCACCAGAGCCGAGGUCUUCCACCGUCUCCUUCCUGGACAGAUGUUGAGGUGUAGCAUCUGUUAGAGGUGACAGGCUGAGGAUAAGCGGCCCCGGUUCUGUCCCAUGAGCGUGGCUGGACCAUCCGGACGGUGCCAGUGAGCGGGGCUGUGGCUGUGGGGGCCCGGCCCAGGAGGCCUCUUCCUUCAUCAGCUGACCUGAGCUGCUCACACCAUGGAUCAGCAAAGAGACAAAUACGGCGAGCGGCCGGCGAGGAGCACCAAAGUUUCCCAGGGAAGCCGGAGCGGGCACUCGUCCCGGCCGUCCGGAUCCUCCAGCUCCUCUGGGGUUCUCAUGGUGGGGCCCAAUUUCCGUGUGGGCAAGAAGAUCGGCUGUGGAAACUUUGGUGAACUGAAGCUUGGUAAAAAUCUCUACACCAACGAGUACGUAGCCAUUAAACUGGAACCGGUGAAGUCGAGGGCCCCACAGCUGCACCUGGAGUACCGGUUCUACAAAACUCUGGGCACCACGGCUGAAGGUGUGCCCCAGGUGUUUUACUUCGGGCCGUGUGGGAAAUACAACGCCAUGGUCCUGGAGCUGCUGGGCCCCAGUCUAGAGGACCUCUUUGACCUUUGUGACCGGACCUUCUCUCUGAAGACCGUCUUAAUGAUCGCCAUCCAGCUGAUUUCACGGAUGGAGUAUGUGCACUCUAAAAAUCUCAUCUAUAGAGAUGUAAAACCUGAAAACUUCCUCAUCGGACGGCAAGGGAACAAAAAGGAGCACAUCAUCCACAUCAUCGACUUUGGCCUGGCCAAGGAGUACAUCGACCCCGAGAAAAAACACAUUCCUUACCGGGAGCACAAGAGCCUGACCGGUACCGCCCGCUACAUGUCCAUCAACACACACCUAGGCAAAGAGCAAAGCCGGAGAGAUGACCUGGAGGCUUUAGGCCACAUGUUCAUGUAUUUCCUACGUGGGAGUCUGCCUUGGCAAGGACUGAAGGCGGACACACUGAAAGAACGAUACCAGAAGAUUGGAGACACAAAACGAAACACUCCCAUCGAGGUCCUCUGUGAGAACUUCCCAGAGGAGAUGGCCACCUACCUGCGCUAUGUGAGGCGGCUGGACUUCUUUGAGAAGCCGGACUAUGAAUAUCUGAGGACUCUGUUCACUGAGCUGUUUGAGAGGAAAGGAUACACCUUUGACUACACCUACGACUGGGUCGGCAGGCAGAUUCCCACACCGGUGGGGUCUGUCCACAUAGACUCUGGAGCGUCUGCUGUCACCAGAGAGAGUCAUCCUCACAGAGACCGACCUUCUCAGCACGCCCCCAUCAGGAACCAGACCACAGCCUCAGACCGCCGAGGAGCAUGGGAGGUGCAGCCCACACGCCAAGCAAACUCCUCCUACCUGACCUCCCACCUGGCAGCGGACAGGCACGGGGGCUCAGUGCAGGUGGUCAGUUCAACCAACGGGGAGCUGAACGCAGACGAUCCUCUGGCAGCUCAUUCCAACGCUCCCAUCACAGCUCAGGCCGAGGUGGAGGUGGUCGACGAGGCCAACUGCGUGAAAAUGCUCAACCUGUGGUGCUGCUGCUUCUUCAAGAGAAAACGGAAGAAGAACACGCCGAGGCACAAAUGAUCCUCAGCCCGAAUCUUUCCAGAGUCGGAUCAGAACCAAUGAGGUCCAUUCAGAGUAAACGGGACAACGGAAAGAUCUGGAUUGAACUGUUCUCUGUUGGGACCAGUUAAAUGGUUUGUGGAGAUGUACAAGACGCUUGUGUCUUUUGAUGGGAGUCUUCUUUCGUUGUUUUCCUCUGCUGAGAUGUGGGAUGUUCUGUAGGGGAAACUUUUCCAUGGAAUUCUGCAGAGGAUGAUUGUUUUAUUUUUUAUUUUCCUCCCCGAGACGCCCGACUUUUGUAUUUUUAUCUCCUCAUUUCUGGCCUGUUUCUCUUCUGUGGUAUCUCUAACGGAGAGUCAGAUCUUCUAUGAUUUCCUGCAUCGCUCACCCAGUCGUCGUUUUCCACCUCCAGAGUCCAGGUCAGCGCUGUCGCCUCGUUAGUUUACUCUCAUUCUGUUGGUGUUUUCCUGAUGUGGGGCUGAAUGUAAAGCUGAGGAGUGAAGCUGCCUACAUUCAGGCACAAACAGCAUCAGUUUGUUCUCCAGAGGUGGACCUGUCCUCCUGCACUGUUUCUGCUGCCUGGUUAAAGCUCUCCUUAACCUGCUGCUCCAAACACUACAGUUUUCUGCAGCCUGACGCUGGCUGACGGCGCUGAGACACAAACUAACUGCUAUUUAUGAUAUUUAUCUCUUGGUUCGCCACCAGUUUCCUACUAAUUCUAAAAAAAAACUAAAAAAGCAACAUACACACUGAAUGUAUGGAAAGUAAAUGACUUUGGAGCAUUUCUAUAAUCUGUCAUGUGCAUGGGAAGGAAACUGCAGUUAGGGAGUUCAGACCAAUGUUUAGAAAAAAAGUGAGACCAAAUCCAGGAGGGUUUGUCGGGUUGGAGAGACUAACGAUGUUGGUGAUCUUUAACUGGAGAGGUUGGGGGGGGGGGGGGGGGCUCGCUUCGAGAGAAAACUGGUGAAUGCUUUGGAGAAUCACAGCCUCUAAAACGCUUCUGUCCAAUGCCUUAACCACAACAAACGACCAACAAACCCACAAACUGACCAACAGACCACCGCAUCCCAUCACCAGUCUGACCAGUCAGACCAGUCAGCAGCGCGGCCGUAGUGGGACUUGCUGUAUGAAAGAGCAGUUAAUGACUUCCCUCGUUGACACACUGAAAGCAGCGAUGCCAAAAUGGAAGAGGUUUGGUGGUGAACGGUGUAGACGUCCAGGCUGCAGAGAUGUUUGGACGUCUGCUGAAGCGUCUCCUGGGACAGAGAACACGUAAACAUGUCCACAGCGUUCCUUUUCUUCUUGCUCUAGUCACGGAGGACUGCCUUGAAACUAAAUCCUCGAUGCGUCACCUUGCCUAUCCUCCUGAAGCUGUUUUAUUUUUUUAAUUUGACAUCUUUAAUGCUAAUGUGAAUUUGUUGAAUGCAAUUAUUAUUAUUAUUAUUAUUAUUUUCUCCAUUCCAAAUAGCCAUGUUUUUAUGGGGAAAGAGAGGGUAAACAACAACAAAGCAACAAACAAACAAAGGCUCCACAACCGUGACUGCACUACAUUUGUUGACCCCCGGCUUUCCCUGACCAGACCCUGCCUUCUGAAACUUUAUAUGUGCUUUUUACUUUAUAGUAGCUGCCUUCCCUACAGGGUGCAGGGAUUCACUUUAUUAUUUCUGUUGGGUUUGUGCCAUCACUCCCUCCACCCUCCUUCUGCCCUCUGCAGGUCCACGAAUCAACUCUGAGUGGAGGUUUUUGUUUUGUAGACCUGCUCCAUCAUGUUUAGAGAAACGAUGUGUGGAUGAUCAGGAGAUCUCACGAUGAUCUGAAGAUGUUCUGAUGAUGAUCUGACGAUGAUCUGAGGAUAAUCUGACGAUGAUCUGAGGAUAAUCUGACGAUGUUCUGACGAUGAUCUGAGGAUAAUCUGACGAUGAUCUGAAGAUGUUCUGACGGUGAUCUGACGAUAAUCUGACGAUGAUCUGAUGAUGAUCUGACGAUGAUCUGAGGAUAAUCUGACGAUGUUCUGACGAUGAUCUGACGAUGAUCUGACGAUGUUCUGACGAUGAUCUGACGAUGAUCUGACGAUGAUCUGACGAUGAUCUGAGGAUAAUCUGACGAUGUUCUGACGAUGAUCUGACGAUGUUCUGACGAUGAUCUGACGAUGUUCUGACGAUGAUCUGACGAUGUUCUGAUGAAUCCAUCUGUAGACCUGCCUGUUCUGUGUAUUUACACUGUAUAGCUUUUAUUUUUUACUCCCCUCUCUCCCCAACAUGUCAGUAACUCCGGGGUCUAAGUUAUUGUGUUAUCGAAAGUACUUGAAUAUGAAAACCUACGGGACCUUUUGUGUUGGUUAGAUGUUUCUUUCCUGGUGAUUCCACACAGAGGAUGUAGAGGGGAACGGUGGGACUACAGGCUAUCUGAAUGACCGGUGUUCAUUUCUUUGAGGUGUUGGAUGGUUUUGUGUGUUUGCUGGUUGUUUCCACCCAGAAGAUGUUGGGAGGUUAAAAUCACUUCUUUGUCUGUGAAACGCAUUAAUCAUGAUGUAUUUUUGAUCCGGUGUUGGAGAAAUCCUUCAUUUUUUUUCUCCAAACGUGUGACGUCAGCCGCCAGCCGGACGGUUUAGAGAAAAGCUGAAAGUAUUGUGUAGUGAGAUGGAUAUCCAGACUAUUUAGCCUUCAAUGUUCCCCUCACCCCCCAGUGCCAUUCCUCAGACGACUACUACUGCUAGCCCAUGCCUUUUACCUGUGCCAGGAAAAAAAAAUGAAGCUGAAUGUGUUUUUUUCUUUAACCAUCGCAUUCCACCUCGUGUCCUUGACGUGUCCGCUGUCUUUUUUUUUUUCUGUGAAAAAUCGCAAAAGAGCGUCUGUGAAAGUGUUUUUAAGAGUCUUUUAUGUUCAAACCGAGGUUAUGAUUAGUGACUGAUCACGUUGAAGCGGUAGAUGUGGAUAUAUUACUCCGAUGUAUUUCCUUUUUAAGCCUGCGGAGCGAUAUAGGAGCUCUGCACGGUUCAGUAUCUGCAUGGCUUAUCUGGAGACCAGCCUUCUCUCCUGUAGGCCUCCAGGCCUCAUGUAUCAUGAAUCUCUGCGUCUUUUCUGGCAUCCGUUUAUUUUCUCACACAGUUCGGUCAUGUGUUUCCGUGUUGCUCGUUCCUGUAAAUCAGACGACGGUUAAAGUGUGAACGGACGGCUUUCGGUCUCUUUGGGUUCUCUGGCACUUUCUCCUUGUUGCUGUACUGUAGACUUGUGUUGGAUUUACUGUAUAUUUUCUUUAAGGGAGAGGUGUAGGGUGACAUUUACUGCAAUAUUGUGAUGAUUAUUUGAACUGUAAAUUGUACAGAGUUAACAGUUGUAGUCUUUGUUUUCUGUUGGGAUCCAUAUAAAAGACGUAUUCUUUGAUUUCUGUUUUUUUCUCUGACUGUGGAAAAUCUAAUUGUACAGCUCCAAGAGUUUAUCCUCCCCUCAGCAUUGUUUUUUUAGAGCUAUGAUUAAGAGAAAUCUUCAACUGUAAAUAAAUAUUAUUGUGUUGAAAUAUGAAUGUCACUUCAACUAUGUAUUGAAUGAGUUAGUCAAGGGCUUCAAGAAUGAAGGACCCACAUUUCUUCUUUUUAUGGUUUCAUAUUUUUAAUUUGCAGAAUGGUAAAGGUCCUUUUUAUCUGAGAUGCCUAUGUUUGUUUUCUCCUCCUUGGAUUCAUAUAAUACGACGUGUCACACAUGAACCUUAUAAAAAUCACUUUUUAUUCCCUCCACACCUAAAGGGAACUCCAGUUUGCACCCUUUUUUAUGUAAAAUAAAAGAUCUCUCCACCUUG